AAUUACUGCCAUCAGACAGAUGCUGCUGGGGAGAGAAAAUGACAAGCACCAAUACGACAAAACUUUUCCACUUCAGACAUAGACCUACUUUUAAUUUCCUUCAGAACAGCCUCAACUCACUACAUGUCUUGCUGCUGAAUUUAGUUAUCAACACCGCGUUACUUUGUUGCUGUUUGCCGCUGGUGUUUACUUUGUAACUUCACGUAGCGUUACAGUAAAUGGUGGACCAGUGAACACCCUCACUGCAGUUUUUCGGCGUGAUGUCCGAACAGGUCCUGUUGAUGAUGCUGCAGUCCCGAAGAACCAUUUAAACAGCAACAUUUUGCGUUUAUUUUUAAUCUCAGAACAGAUGCCAGUUUGCUGACGAGGAAUGAAAUACAUGCAUAUGAAAUCCUGCGUCGCGUCGCUGUGAAUUGCAGAUUUUUUGUUCUGUUCAAUGAUGCAGCUACAUUUGCUCUGCUCAGCUGUCUGUGGAGAGGGAUAAACCAUCGGUUCUGGAUUUAUAUGGCUUUAUUUGUUUCCUCCGAGUGUUUCUGACUAGUAAAUCUCUCUAUUAUUAAUAUGGAGGGCGAGAUUCCUGUCAUAUUAGAGCAGUUCAUGAGCAGCUCUCUUGUCACCUGGGUUAAGACAUUAGGACAACUAGGUGACAAAGAGGGGAACGUGCUCUCUGAAUACACUGAAUUAAUAGAUGGCAUAUUCCUGAACAAAGUCAUGAAUCAGAUAAAUCCUGAAGGAACUGUUCAAGGUUUAAACAAAGUAAACAAUGACAUCGGCCAAAGAGCUCAAAACCUGUCUGUGCUCAUGUACCAUAUUAAAUCAUACUACCAGGAGACUCUGCAUCAGAUGAUCAUGAUCCCUCCACCCAAUGUGCUGCUGCUGGGCAAAAAUCCAGUCUGUGAGGAAGGUCUAGAAGAGAUCAGGAAAUUGCUGCUUCUCUUGCUUGGCUGUGCUGUGCAGUGCGAAAGAAAAGAGGAAUAUAUUGAGAAGAUCCAAAAUCUUGAUUUUGACACAAAAGCAGAAAUCGCAGCUCAAAUCCAAGAGGUAACUCACUGUCAGGAGAAUGUGUUUGAUCUGCACUGGUUGGAGAUGGAGGGACUGUGUCCGGAAGAAUGGGAAAACCUCUGCAGAAGUUUGUCCGUUAAUCUCAAAAUGUUAGUGGACCAGCGAGACCGCCAAUUUGAGGCCAUCGUGGAGCUGAUGCAGGGGAAAGAGAUGAUGAAGUCUGCAGUGUUUGGGAGUGACUCGUCUCUCUCAGAGCCCGAAAGCAGCAGACUCCCUUUAUCCCAGCAGCAUCUGGCACUAGAGCUGACCCACGCUAAAGCCAAGAUCAAACGCCUCAGACAGGAGCUAGAAGAGAAAAGUGAGCAGUUCUUGGACUCCAGGCAGGAUCUGGACAGUGUGGAGGCCGAGCUUAAAAGACUUCAGCAAGAGAACAUGCAGCUGUUAACAGAUGCACGAGCAGCCAGGAUGUAUCGUGAUGAGCUGGAUACCAUGAAAGAGAGAGCCAUCAGAGCAGACAAACUGGAGAGUGAAGUGACUCGCUAUCGAGAUAAACUUCACAACAUGAACUUUUACAAAGCAAAACUGGAGGAAUUAAAGGAGGAUAAUCAGGUGUUGAUGGAAAGUAAAGCCAUGCUUGAAGAACAGCUGCAGAGCAUCAAAACACGCUCUGACAAACUGCAGCCUCUGGAGAAACACAACCUCCUACUAGAGGCAAAACUUCAUGACAUGGAAGAGGAAAGAACUGCAAACAGGAGGCAAAUAGAGGAGCUGAUGGAAAGGAACGUCAUACUGGAGCUCUCUCAGAAAAGGAGUAUGGAGGAAUCGCAGCGUUUGGGUUGGGAGCUGGAACUGGCCAAGAGUCCUCAACAGAAUUCAGCAACAGAGUUAAAGUCUUUGAGCCAGGAAGUAAAUGAAAAGACCUGUAGCAGGUUGCUGAAGCUGGAGAAAGAGAACCAGAGGUUGCUGAAAGCCCUUGAAGAACUUCAGGGAACAUGUGAACCACUGAAUGAGUUCGUUUCUCAAUCUAAUCACAUUCAAGGAAAGGGAAGAACGGAUAUAGUUGACUGUGAGACUUACAAAUCUACUCCAGCAUUUGCCAACAUGCAAAAUGGCCAAAUGACCACACCAACCCAGCGGACCAGCAAUCAGUUUCUUGACACAGAACAUAAGCAUGCAUCCUUGGAAAAUGCUAACGGCAAUCUUCCUUGUCUUGAAGUGGAGCUUCACGAAUUAGAAGCAGUGAACCAAAGUCAAGUCAGUUAUAACCAUAAUGAUGCACAAGCAGAUAUUCAAAACCAAAGUAUAACGCAUGAGAAUGGAUAUCUGGAGCAAGAUAAGAGUUCCCUGGAGAAGGAGAACCGGAGAUUGCGGCAACAAGUGAAGAUCCAGGAGGCCUCAUUAGAUAGUAGCAGUUUGAAAAUCGCAGUGGUGGAGAAGGAGAACCGUACCUUGGUUAAAAAGAUAUCCAACCUUAGUGAGGCCUGUGCGAAGUACAAAGAGCUGGAGAAGGACAACCAAGAGCUGAUUCAACAGGCUGGAGUGGACAAGAGGAUGCUGAUCACAUUGAGAGAGGAGCUUCUGGAUCAGAGGCUGAAACUUCAACAGAAAGAAUGUGAUGUUGAGAAGUACAUCUAUGAACUAGAGAGGAUGAGGUUGAACCAGGAGACACGAAUGGGAGAUCACGAGGCUGUAGAUCAAGGUCAGUGUAAGCAGUUGGAGUCAGAGCUGGAGUCUUCACUAAUGAAAUCCCUGAAGAUUAAGAAAGAGAGAAUGGCUACUCUGGAGGCCCGUCUGCAAGAAUCGGCCAAGAUAAACCAGCAACUGCGACAGGAUCUCAAAACUGUCAAGCAGAACUAUGAGGCGAUGCUUCAGAAGGAUGAAGAGGAAAAGCCAGGCCAGUGCUCUCCACCAGAGAGGAUGUGGCACAGAGAAAGUCAGGAGGCCACUUGGGCAUUGCUCAAAGUCAAAGAUCGAGUCAUUGAAGUGGAGAGAAAUAAUGCAACAUUGCAGGCUGAAAAACAGGCAUUGCAGACUCAACUACAGACUUUACAGACGCAGUCAGAUGGGUUGCAGGCACAAAUAAUUGUGUUACAACAGCAGACAGCGUCAUUGCAGGAGAACAACACCGCACUUCAGACACACAAUGCACAGCUGCAGGUUGAGAAGUCCACUGUAUUAUCCCAGAAUUCCUCUCUGGCGGCUCAUAAUACACAGCUACAGCGGGAACGCCACAGCUCUGAGGCUGAGAGGGAGGGAGCGGUGCGGGAGAGAGAAGAUCUGCGCACCGUCAAUGAGCUGCUUCUCCGGGACCACGAGAGAUUGAGCGUCCUGCAUGAGAGGCAGGCAGCAGAAUUAGAGGUGCUGUCCCAUAGAUACUCGACAAUGGAGAGCAGCCACCGGACCCUGGAGAUUGAGCACAGAUCACUGGAGGACAGGUAUAACACUCUACUCCAACAGCGCGCUCAGCUGGAGGGCUUGGAGAAAGCUCUCAGAGAAGAGCAGAAGAAGAUGCAGAAUGAGAUAUGCACAAAUAGGAACGUGACAGCAGAGUGCCAAAGACUCAGAGAUGAGAAAGACUGGCUGAAUCAGACCUACCAGAAGCUGUUGGUGGAGAACGAGGGACUUCAACUCGAACACAAGAGCAUGAAGAGCCAGCUGAACUCCAUCCAACUGGAGCAGACACAGCUGGAAUCAGAGCUGUCCAAACUCAAAGAUCUCAACCAGCAGCUGGAGAUCUCCAUCAUCAAACUGACCAACCAGUGUGAGUUGCUGUCCCAGCUGAAAGGGAACGUAGAGGAGGAGAACCGCCACUUGCUGGACCAGAUCCAGAGCUUGAUGCUGCAGAAUCGAACCCUGCUGGAUCAGACUAUGGAGAGCAAGGACCUGUUUCAUGUGGAGCAGCGACAAUAUAUAGACAAGCUGAAUGAGCUCAGAAGGCAGAAGGAGAAACUGGAGGAGAAAAUCAUGGACCAGUACAAGUUCUAUGACCCGUCACCUCCACGCAGACGGGGGAACUGGAUAACACUGAAGAUGAGGAAGCUGAUGAAGACCAAGUCUCGUGAUCAAGAACAUGUCCGUUCGUCCUCUCCUCAGCUUGGCUCCGAGUCAUGUGAGGGUCUGGAUGACCUGCGCUGUCACGACAACGGUUCCUUCAUGGGUUCGCAGGGCUCGGAGGAAUCUGCUUCCAACUCCCUCAAUGGUGACACCCUUUCCCCAAAGAGGAGCAGCAUCUGCGCCCUGAAAAUGUUUCACGUUAAGCGUAACAAACCGAAGGAUAAAGACAAAGUCAAGUCUCUCUUCCGCCGAUCUCUGUCGAUGAAUGACCUGCUGCUGUCAGAGGGAUGUUUGGAUGGAGACUCCAGGCAGCAGGAGGAUCAGCCAGAAGAGCCAACCAUUGCCAUUUCAAAAAAACACCAUACAUCAGCAUUUCAUCAUUACUCUUCCAUUGACAUUCGUACAUCGAUUGGUAAUCAAGGUAAAGAAACGAUUCCAUCGGGUCUUACAAAUUGCACCGAAGGCCAAGAUCAUGGUAGGAACCAAUCAGGCACGAAUGGCAAAUCGAGCCGUGCCCCCAGCGCAAGCAGUGGUGAGUUCAGUGUGAGCCUGGAGAACGAGGCCUGGUCCAGUGAUAGCAGCCCCCAUCCAGAUCCAUUCUCCUCCAACCGUCAACGAUUCAACGAUUCUCCUUCGUCCUCCCGCCCCAACCAUGAGGAGCUCAGGCAGGGUUAUUGCUCCUCAGGGAGCGGGGUACGGCGUACAAGCAGUGGAAGAUCUGCCGGAGACCGCUCAACCCCAAAGCUGGACAAAGCAAACAUCGGACUGUAUAAAACUCAGAGCGUGCAAAGUACAGAGUCUGAUUCCAAACCUGCCCUCGAUGCUCAUGGGAAGUCCUCCUCGGUGUCAGGGUGUUUGAAUUGCUUUGCCACUCCGAUGCGAAGCCCCAAAACAGGCCAGGCUCUGUCUACUCUUCCUCGAGCCAGCUGCGUCAUCUCCACGUCCGAAGGCAACAGUCGGCGUGCCAGUGUCCUCAGCACUGUGUCUGGGAAGUCAGUGGGAUCGGUUUCAAGUAAGAACGGCAAAGAACAUCAACCUGAGCCCAGCGAGGAGGCUCCAAAAGAAAGCUCUGUUUUGGAAGAAGAAGACCACAAACCUGACAAAAUCUUUGAUUCGGCGUUCACUAUAGAUUCUGUUUUCACAAACACAAUUUUCAGUGAGUCAAGUUAAAGUCCGCGUGAGCCUGAAGUUGUUGAGAUUUCUAUUUCAGUAUGUUGAUGUAGUUGUAGCUAAAACUGAAUAUUGAGUAGGGGCGAGGCUUUCUUUUGUACGUCAUUCCCUUUUAGCAAACUAACGGUAAGAGCGGAAUGGUCAACUGGGAAGGACCACCACUUCAAACAAAGAAGCAGAUGGUCAGACUUUGAUUGAUAAUUACCAAAACAAACAUUAUUUUUCAGUGGAUUCAGUUGCACGGAACAAUUGUUCACUCUAAGAACAACAACGUGAGCUAGCAAAGGAAGCACUGAACAUUUUGAUUUUACACAGACUUAGGAUAUCAAAUGAACCAUUUGACCUUCUUAUUUAGCGACAAAGUGACAAGUUAUUUUCCAUCAAUGUGAAAGACCUUUCAAUAUAUUAGUCACUACAUAUAUAACUCUGAUCCUGGAGAGCCACUUACUUACCUUUUCUAUCACUUUUCAUUUCUGGAAAAUACCCGAUAAUGUGUUGGGAUUUGUCCAACAUAGGCUCAUUGUGUUUACAUACCCCUGUCUACAUUUCUGGAGAGCGCGAAUUAUGUAGCCAGUGGUAUGUCUGUCUGCAUUUCGUCUUUAAAAUGAACGCUAUAGAGCGAUAUGAUGCGUAUAGUGGCUUGCCGCGUACGUCAGCGGACUAGGCAUCCAGAGCAGAGUUGACCGUAAUGACGG